AACGGGGAGAGAGAGAAGGGAGAAGAAAACAAAAGUUCUCCCCCCUUCCUUCCCUCUUGCUCACUUUUCAAUCUCACCUCCCCCAUUGCAAGGCUGCCUCUGCUGUCCUCCCUCCCUCCUCUCUCUCUCUAGAGAUUCCAAUACUUUCCUCUGUUCCUGGGCAAAGCCCAUCAUGAGGUGAGGGUAGGGGACUCAGGGGAGGCGCUGCCCAGUCUACUCUAGCCUGGGUCUGGAGAGAGAGGGAGGGAGGGAGGGAGAAGACGAGGGAGUAAUACAACAGAGACUAGGGAGGAGAGAGAAAGAGGAGCCGAGAACCCAAAGAGGCAAGGCAAGCAAGGAGGGAGAAGCCCAAAGAUUGGGGGAGACUGAUCAGGGCGAGGAGUAAGAGGCGCCGUCUCUCGGAUUCGCGCCGCCGUUUCUUGAGGGGGGAGGUUGGUUUGUUUGGUUGGUUCGCCGGCGCCGCGGAUGGCCGGCGUGGACGCGGCGAGGUACGCGCACAGCCCGGCUCACCACGCCGUGGCGGCGCGGGACCACGCCGCGCUGCGCCGCGUGCUGGACGCGCUCCCGCGGGGCCGCCGGCCCGAGGAGAUCCGGACGGAGGCGGACUCCGUCGCCGAGGAGGCCCGUGCCGAGGCCGUCUCGGCGGUCGUCGACCGCCGCGACGUGCCGGGCCGGGAGACGCCGCUCCACCUCGCCGUGCGCCUCGGCGACGUCGCGGCGGCCGAGAUGCUCAUGGCGGCGGGCGCGGACUGGAGCCUGCAGAACGAGCAGGGGUGGAGCGCGCUGCAGGAGGCCAUCUGCGCGCGCGAGGAGUCCCUGGCGCGCGUCAUCGUGCGCCACUACCAGCCGCUCGCCUGGGCCAAGUGGUGCCGCCGCCUGCCCCGCGUCGUCGCGGCCAUGCGCCGGAUGCGGGACUUCUACAUGGAGAUCACGUUCCACUUCGAGAGCUCCGUCAUCCCCUUCAUCUCCCGCAUCGCGCCAUCCGACACCUACAGGGUCUGGAAGCGCGGCGCCAACCUCCGCGCCGACAUGACGCUCGCCGGCUUCGAUGGCUUCAAGAUCCAGCGCUCCGACCAGACCAUACUCUUCCUCGGGGAGGGCUCCGAGGAUGGCAAGGUGCCGCCAGGGUCGCUGUUGAUGAUCAACCACAAGGACAAGGAAAUUAUGAACGCGCUGGAGGGGGCAGGCGCACCGGCCUCAGAGGCAGAGGUCCAGCAGGAGGUCACCGCAAUGUCACAGACCAACAUCUUUCGUCCAGGGAUUGAUGUCACCCAAGCGGUGCUGCUUCCACAGCUCACAUGGCGGCGCCAGGAGCGGGCGGAGGCGGUUGGCCCAUGGAAGGCCAAGGUGUAUGACAUGCACCAUGUGGUGGUCAGCGUCAAGUCAAGGAGGGUACCGGGGGCGAUGACGGAUGAGGAAUUCUUCUCAGCUUGCAAUGACAAUGAUACAGAGAGUGAAGGGUUCGAAGAUGUUCUGACUGAGGAGGAGAAGAAGCAGUUGGAGGCCGCGCUAAAAAUGGAGUCUCCAGAUGCUGGUAGUGAAGACCAGUCUGAUUCAUUUGCUGGCCCUCGGCAUAGUUGCUUUGAGCCGAGGGAGAGGGAGAUACCAAUUGAGGACAUCAGCGUUUCUGGAAAUGGGGAGAGUAAGCAUGAUAAGAAAGGUUGGUUUAGUAAUUGGGGAAAGAGAAGUCAAGUUAGCAAACCAGAGGGGAUGAAGAAGAUGGCACCUCCAAGGAGUUCGCUCUGUGUAGAUGAGAAGGUGAGUGACCUCCUUGUUGAAUCGCCAUCAAAUGUACAAACAAGACCAGGAAGGCAUUCGGUAGAUGUAGUCAGACCAAAUGACAACAGAAGGAUCAGGGAAAGGGAUAAUAGGAGACAUGCUGCUUUUGCAGAGAAUGAGCAUAGGCGCAAAGAAGGUUCCAAAGAAAGCGAGUAUAAGAAAGGCCUAAGGCCUGUGCUCUGGCUCUCUCCAAACUUCCCUCUUCGGACUGAGGAGCUCCUGCCAUUACUUGAUAUUCUUGCAAACAAGGUGAAGGCAAUCCGUCGUUUGAGGGAUCUACUUACAACAAAACUGCCUCCAGGAACAUUUCCAGUCAAGGUCGCCAUUCCUGUUGUACCUACGAUCAGGGUGCUUGUGACAUUCACAAAAUUUGAAGAACUACAGCCACUAGAGGAGUUUACCACACCACCCUCUAGUCCUGACAACAGCAAGAGCCCAGCAGUACAGCCUUCUUCAAGUUCCUGGAUUCAGUGGAUCAAGGCUCCGUACCGCCAGAACUUCUCGACCGCUCCAGGCCCGAGCAGCCGCGUGGAGGACAUCCAGGACCCGUUUGCCAUUCCUUCAGAUUACGUCUGGACGACGCCCGAAGAGAAGAAGAAGAAGACACAAGAAAACAAGAACAAGUCGAAGAAAGGCAGGAACGGAUCAUAGAUAGAUGAUAGCAUUGGGUGGGGGGUUUAAGUUGUGUUGCGGGUGAAAUGGGCUAUACUCGUCGGAUCUAACAGGAGGGAUGAGUGGAAGGUUUGGAGAUUUCGGCCAGUGUCUGAUGUCGAAUGUCGAGAAGCGACCGCUUGUCUUCUUUCAUUGUGUUAACAGAUUUGUAGUCAACAUUCUUUCGUUUAACCUGAAUCGUUUCGAUCCUGAUUGUUAUUGCAAUCUAUCGGUAGAUUUUUGACU